CGCGCACGUUCUGAUGUUAAGCACCGUUUCUCAUUUCGCUCUCAGAUGAUUUCAGGCGAGAUCCAAGCGACAAUCCUCCCAGGCUCGAUAUCAAAUAGGCGACCAUGGACGACACCCCAGAUUCACAGGACCUCUUCAAAGGAGCAUCCGAUACGAGAAAGACCACAGAAGACCAAUCAUCGCAGCUUGCAAGCCCCCCGAAACUCACCUCGCCUAAGCAGAGGGUCAAGUCUAGAAGGAACAUGCCGAGCCUCGAGCCUGUCAUGGAGGGUGACCAGAAGUUGCUGAGGGACAUCCGAACUCCACUCCCAGGGGAUGUAACAACUGUGACGCGGAAGAAAUCACGCCCAGAGCUCUCGAAGCAGCGUAGCCUUUAUUUCGAGGAGGUAUUCACAUCGAAGGAGACGGAUCUCUUAGGGGACAUGGUACGGAGUGAGGCCAUUGUCCUGGCCGAACUCAAGACCAACGUCGUGGUGCAUGACGAAUUCACCUUCGUCAAGGAGCUCUCGCAGCACCUGGCAGUCAGAUACCACCGGCCAGUGAGUUCCAUUGUGGUAACACUCCAUCACAGUGCGUGCAUCUUCUUUGGAGGCUGCUGCGACCCAGCCUACAUCCUGACUGUCGAGGCACUGUCCAGCCUGGUACAGACAGCCACAAACAAGCGCAACGUCGUACUUCUCCAGCAGCACAUGGAACAGGCAAUCGGGGUGCCGGCAUCCCGGGGCUACGUCCGGUUCGUGCCCAUGCUGGAGGAGUGCUCUGGGUGGAAGGGAAAGACAGUGGCAGGCGAGAUCACAGAGGUUAGUGGGCACCCGCGGGUUGGGAUGGAGAACCCCGUUCGCCGGUCAAAGACCUCCAAGGGAUCUCCCAGCGAGAAGUCAACAUCUCCCAGAGACAAGCCAGUGUCACCCAAGGCAAGGCCCUCGAUAGCAGACGGCCCUAGGGUUCACAUAGGUACUUUGUUGCGGGAUCCGUCACCCGAGCAUGAGCCCGUGAGAGACAUUGACUCUCAAAGCCCACGAGACGAGGCGCAUAUUCCAAAGACCCUGAGGCGUAGCAAGAGCUUUGUGCAAUCGCUUUUCACGAGAACGUCUUCUCUCGCACAAGGGGUACAAGGGGGGCGUUUGCACAGGGGUAGCUAGGGUUAGGAUAGGAAUUGGUGAGGUUUGCCUGGGAUCGUGCUGAUUGAGGGUUUACUACCGAGAAGCAUAGAUAAUGCUUUUUAUGUGAUUUUACUGGCAAGGUGCUGAGGGGUGGUGGUAUUUGAAUCAAGUUGAUCCCACGCGACUUGGGAG